AUGGCUUCACCCACAGCAGCCGUUGACAAGUUAUUUGUCUGUCCUGGAUGUCAGAGAGGUGGCUUCAAAAGCAUGGGUGCUGUCAAGGCUCAUUUUGAGUCUAAAGGCCACAAACUCGCUUGCAGUCCAUGCGACAAAUCUUUUGGGAAUGUAACGGCGUUGCUCAAGCACUCCCAGAAGCAUGAAAAGCCCCUAGAUGGUUCCGAUCUCAAGUCGGUCAAGUCGGCCAAACCAGCACCAAAGAGCACGAAGCAACAGAGGUUCCCGGAUCUGUCUGAGUCUUUUGUUAAAGCUGCAAACCCACCGCCCAAGAUCACGAAGCCUAAAAGGUCACAGGAUCCUUCUGAGCCCUUGUCUGUCAACCCUGCGAAAUCCAUUGCAAAGAAAACAAAGCCCGAGAAGUCACAGGAAUUGCUUGCGUCUUUGGCUGCCAAACCUGCGAAACCCAUUCCCAAAAAAAUUAAGUUUGAGAAGUCCCUAGAUCGGUCUGAAAUAAUGCCCGCCAAGCCUGCGAAACCAGCUCAAAAGCACACAUCAAACCAGGCAUCAGUAGGUGCUCCAUUAAGGACAGACGAUUUUGAAGACCUAUGGACCAAGACUUCUGAACCCCUGAACAUCUCAUCGCCUGCCAUCCAAAAUGCCAAUUACCAUGUUUUGCUCGAGCCGCUCGAGCAAAAUUUGAUCUUUCGCUACUUGUCGGCACGAUGUCACUCGGACACCCGUCUGGUCACACGAGGCUUUACCUUUCGGGAUAGCUUGGCAGAUGUCAGCAGGCGCCCGUCGAAGAAGCCCUCUCCAAAGACAGGACAUUUCCGCCAAGUUCCUCGCCCCUCCGACAACUUGCCGAGAAGGAGAGCAAUCGUUCUUGACUGUGAGAUGGUGCAAGUCGAAGCAGGGCGUCGGGAGCUUGCUUUUUUAAGCGCGAUUGACUUUUUGACUGGCGAGGUUCUCAUCGACAACUAUGUACAGCCGAAAUCGAGAGUGGUGAAUUGGGAUUCUCGGUUCAGUGGGGUGACUCCUAGUGCCAUGAACAAAGCUGUCAGGAAAGGGACAGCGUUGUUUGGCUGGGAAGAAGCGCGCUCGAAAUUAUGGGAGUUCAUGGACAGCGAGACUAUCCUCAUUGGUCAUUCUCUCAACAAUGAUCUUGACGUCUUGGGUAUCAUUCACUGGAACAUUGUCGACUCCUCUAUCAUUACCAGCGAAGCGGUGUUUUACACUGUACACGCCGGUGAACCACUCAACCGCACAUGGAGUCUGAAGACUCUGACCAAUGAAUUGGUCAAUUAUGAUAUCCAAGUCGGGAAACAGGGCCACAGUGCGCUAGAGGAUGCACAUGCAACACGGGAUAUUGUGAUCUGGUGUCUGAGAUACCCAGAGCACCUGAAGGUAUGGGCGGACAAUGCCCGGGAUCAAGAGGAGCAGCGCAUGUACGAGAGGGAAUUGAAGAGGACGACCGAGGAGCAGGUCAGGGAGCAAAGAAGACAACAUGAUAUGGAGAUAAAGAUGCAACUCUUAUCUCAAGGCGUUGGUGGUUUGGGUCUUCAUGGCAUUGGCCUCUCUGAUGAUGAUGCCAAUGACCCUGAUUCUUCUUUCGUCGACCGUGAUGGUGACGUUGAAUACGAAUCGGUAACUAUUGAAGCGGCUGCUGUUUCAUUCUUCUGA